UAAUUCUUCUGGAUGUCCUCCAUGACAUCAUUUGCCUCAUUCCUGGUGAGAAGAUCUGUAUAUAAGGAUGCGUGCUGUGGGGCAUCUUCAGAAGGCAGGGACAUUGGACGGAAAGAUCCGUACACCGAAGAGAUCGGUCAGUUAUCAGAACCGAAGAUGUUCAAGUUCUGUGUGGUUUUCCUCCUCUGCGGCCUGCUGACCCCUUCGCAAGGACUUGCUGGAAGUGCCUCGGUGUCUGCCAGGGUGGAUAAAGAUGUGCUAGAAGGCGCCAUUACAGGGUCACUAGGCAACAGCAACCUUCUCAAAGGGCUCCUGGAUAGUCUCCUUGGUGGCGGUGGUCUUGUUGGCGGUCUGCUUGGAGGCGAUGGACUUGUUGGAGGUCUCCUUGGUGAAGACGGACUUGUUGGAGGUCUCGUUGGUGGUGAUGGACUUGUUGGUGGUCUCCUUGGUGGUGAUGGACUUGUUGGUGGUCUCCUUGGUGACAAAGGACCUGUUGGUGGUCUCCUUGGUGGUGAUGGACUUGUUGGUGGUCUCCUUGGUGACAAAGGACCUGUUGGUGGUCUCCUUGGUGGUGAUGGACUUGUUGGCGGUCUCCUUGGUGGCAAAGGACUUGGUGGUGGUCUCCUUGGUGGCAAAGGGGCCAUUGGUGGUCUCCUUAGUGGUGAUGGACUUGUUGGUGGUGCCCUUGGUGGUGAUGGACUUGUUGGUGGUGCCCUUGGUGGUGAUGGACUUCUUGGUGGUGUCCUUGGUGGCAAAGGGGCCUUUGGUGGUCUCCUUGGUGAUGAUGGACUUGUUGGUGGUGCCCUUGGUGGUGAUGGACUUGUUGGUGGUGCCCUUGGUGGCAAUGGUGGUCUUGCAGGUGGUCUCCUUGGCAAAGAUUCUCUUGCAGGUGGUCUCCUUGGUGGCAAAGGGACCGUUGGUGGUCUCCUUGGUGAUGAUCCUCUUGCUGGUGUCCUUGGUGGUGAUGGAGCAGUUGGCGGCCUUGUUGGCAGCAACGGUAUUGCAGGUGGUCUCCUUGGUGGCAGUGGUCUCCUCGGUGGACGUGGUCAGCGCGGCCAAGGCACUUCUCCUGAAGGAGGGCUCCUUGGCAAGAACGGUCUGCUGGGCACCAUCCAAGGGCUCACAGGGCUGAAAAUUGUGAACAUCACCCUCCCCAAAAUAACCCUGGGCUUCCUGCCAGGCGUCGGGCUCCAGCUGAAUAUCUACACCCAGCUGCUGGUAGAUGGCAAUGGCGCAGCGGGUGGACUGCUCCAGCUCCAGGUGGAAGCGAACAUCACAGCAAGAGUCCGGCUGGUCCAGGACAAGUCGGGGGCUCUCAAGCUGGUCGUUGAAAACUGCAAGACUCUUCUCGGAGACGUCAACAUCCGUGUUGGACCCAAAGUGCCACUUGUGGAGAAAACCUUAAAGAGCGUCCUCGGCGGUGUCCUGCCCGGGCUGCUGUGCCCUGUCGUCGACACCGUGCUGGGAGUUGUGAACUCGCUGCUUGGCUCCGUGACUUCUGUGCUCCCACUGGGGGCCCUGGGCGAUCUCCAGUACACCCUGUCCUCCCUUCCCAUCAUCGGCGACAAGUCCAUCCAGCUGGAUCUAAACCUCCUCCUCAGGGAUGCGGCAGGCAACGUGGUGGAGCCCGUGCGCGGGCUGUCGUCGCCUGUCACCCUGCUGCCAACCACCGGCCGCGGGGUGCAGGUGGGGCUCUCGCAGGACGUGCUGGGCGCCGUGCUGGGGCUGGCCCAGAAGCAGGGAGCCUUCAACCUGGACAUCACCAGCUCAGCGGUACCCAGUAGCAUCCCGCUGUCCACCUCGGCCCUCAUCUCAGCCUUCCCUCAGCUCUCCACUGUGGUCCCUGGGUCGCUGCCGCUGGCGCUGCGUGUGCGGCCGGCUGAUGUGCCACAGGUGUCCCUGCGGGAUGGGAAAGCCACGGCCACCCUCCAAAGCACCAUCGACGUUGUGACACGGCGACCAGGCUUCCCCGUGCAGACCCUCUUCAGCCUGGACUCGGACAUCGGUCUGAACAUCACCCCCUCCGUGGCCAGCGGCAAGCUGCGCACCUCCCUGGCCAUCGACAGAGUCAAACUGAGACUGGCAUCCUCACAAAUUGGCCCUAUCAAUGCCUCCCGGCUUGAAGGAUGGGUGACCGACGUCCUCACAGCUGCAUACGUGCCUGCCAUUAACAGUGCCGUGAGUGCGGGGAUCCCUCUGCCCAACAUCCUCAACACCAACUUCGAGAACAGCCAGGUGGACAUCGCUGAUAACACCUUUGUGAUCAACCAGAAGCCUAGAGUGCUCUAAAACCAGCUUAUCUCAGCAAAACCUUGCCCUUGGUCCUGGGAUGAGGCAGAUAAUUCCCCGUGAGCCUGGAGAGCCCUGGUCGUCCCUAAUUGCUUCGUCUUGAUUUUCUCUUGAGUAUUGUCAUGUGUUAUUGCCGUGGCCCAUAGGGAGGGAUGUUUCUGGUCCAUCCGUCCUGCUAUAGCCCACAUGGGGGUAUGGAGAAGGUGCUCGGCUGAUGGAUAUAAGGGGGCAUUUUCUGUGGCCAAUUCUAACACCCUAAGUCUGGAACCAGAGCCCCUGUUUAGGCACAAAUGUUACUCUCAAAUUCCUCUAUCAAUAAAAUCCUUCAC